AUUAAUAUUAUGCCCUUACCCAAACCCCUUAUAUAAACUUAACCAAUCAGAGUGUUUAAACAUGAUAUGAAGCUGUUGUGUGUGACAGAAGCAAGUAAUUGUCGUGUAUUCGAUGGAAACGAUGUCCAGCAACAUCAUUGGCUGUAGUGAAAGUUGUAGGAAUUCAAAUGAGUGCAGUCGCACAAUAUCAUACAAAUUAGCCAAAUUUAGAAAAGUCGUACGAAUCCUGACGAUUUCGCCGUGAGAUUGUGUUGGUUUAAGACCACAUGCCCUCUUCAGAUCAGCUCAUACAUUUAAUGAAAGAAUGGAUAUUUGGACAGCUGAGAAAAUAAUUCUUCUCAGUUUUCUGUUGAAAGGUGUUUGGUGUGUAAAUUUAACCAUUAGUCUGCCAGAGAAGGUUGAAGCUCUGAGUGGAUCGUGUGUGCUCAUAAAGUGCAAAUUUAAGAUCGACACCAUAUAUGAGAGGUAUUUCACUGACAGAGCCAAAGGAACCUGGAGUAUUAAUGGAACGCAGAAAAUGGUGCUUAAUUCCAGUAUGUCGAACGCUAACCCCAAAGGAAGUAUCAUUGGCAACUUCAGUGAGAACAACUGCACAACAAUCUUUUAUGACAUAAAUUCAAGUCACAGUGGUACAUAUUACUUAAUGAUCAGUGCUGACCUGAGAGGUGUCUAUUCAUGUGCCAGCGUCAUUAUAAAUGUCAUCGACUCUCCCCCCAAACCCACAGUAAAGAUUCUGGGUCAGAGCGAGGUGUUUGAGGGGAGCUCUGUGAGUAUGAGCUGCUCUGCUAAGGUUCUCUGCUCCUCUCGUCCACCCACUCUCACAUGGAGCUCCACUCCCAGGCUCCCCCUCAGCAGAAGAAGCAGAAUACAAGAGCAGCAGAACCAGCCUGAGCUCAUCUCUAAUCUAAACUUCACUGCUACUUACCUUCAACACAGUGUCACUUUUACCUGCACUAUCACCUACCAGCUACAGGACAAGAACAAAUCAGCACUGAACAGCAACACAUUAUAUGUUCAGUAUGCACCCAAAAUAUCUCUCUCUCCCCGCUGCAGUGGAACUGAUGUGACUAUUUGUUUCUGUGAGGUUCAUGGAAAUCCCUCUCCAAAAGUGACCUGGUAUCUUUCUGGACGCCCUGUCACUAAUUCUACAUGUCUAUCCAUAAGUGAAGAACGAUUAGAUAGCACAGUCUUGAGGAGCUCCCUCACGCUACAUUACUUGCUCACAGUCAAACCUACUCUGCAGUGUGUAGCCAUCAACACUCAUGGCAAUGCCAGCCAACAGUUUCCUCUGUUUCCACCCCCUCAAGAGACUGCACAAUGCCAACAGAUUACAGUUUGGUUCCUGAUCAUACUUACACUGAUUCUCCUUCUGUAUGCUCUGACUUUUGGAUUUGGCCUCUACAAAAUUAGACAACUAUCUGCCAAACUGAAGGCUAAAGAGGUGAACGUAUAUUCCUCUCUUCAACUCUCUAGUCCAAACUCUGUUUAUGAGAAUUUGAAUAUAACAAGAGACACAAACAUAAAAAGGACAGAAUAAAGCAUGAAGACCUCAUUGAGAGGAUCAGAAGAGCUUUUGAAGAAGAAAUUUUCACAGAACCCAGAUGAUGGUCUUGGUAAUUUUAUGUAUUCUUUGUGCUUGUUGAACAAGUACUGAUGCUGGUACCUGCAGUAUUUUAUAUCUGAGAUUAAGAGAAUUGAUUUAAUGUGCCUUUUUAAGUUUUAUUGUAUAUGUUUGUAUACGUUGCUCUUUUUGUGAACAUAACAAAUGCUUGUAUUUGGAGAGCUGAAUUAAAGUAAAAUAUGAUGCCAGUCAAGAUGUGUCUCUAAUGCUCUUCCGACAACUUAGGUAUAGGCCUAUGUGAAAUUAUCAGUAGUCAUAAUAGAGACUUUGUUCUGCUCUUUACGAAAGGAGAAGAGAAAAUGCAUAGCUAAGCACAGAGAAACACACACAAUGUUGGUUUUAUGAAUUCAUUAUAAUUAUAAAGUCAAAAUAUACUUAUUUUUCUACUAAAUUAUAAUAUACUGUAUUACAAUAGUUGGAAAUGUGUUUUUAGUCUUUCUUUUCUUUCUGAAAACAAGAAAUAGGCUGAAAAUACUGUCACGCUUGAUAACUUAGUAUAUACUGUAUAGUUUAGUACAAAAUGUAGACAUGAAGUAUAAAGGAAUAACAAAUGAACAAAAUAAAAUAAAGGUGUCUCAAAAAUAUACAAUUGUAGAUGGAUUACUGUAGAUUGAUUAAAAUAUAUCAUAUUCUUCUGAAUUAUAUAGACAAGGCGGCACUGUAGCAGAUUUGUGAUGACUCCAAAACCUGUGUAAAGAUGGAAAUUCGCAUACAAGCUGUACUAAAAUAUGUCAACUCUUUUGCAGCUUUUCUGUGUAAAAUAAAAUGCUGCAUCUGAGCCAUCAAUACUUUGCUUUUGUCAUGACAAUCAAUAUGCUUCCU